CGAUACUGAAACGGUAAAGGACGCCAACGGACCGCAAAUGAGUUUUCCACUGAUUUGGUAUUACAUCUGUAUUUGCUGAGAAAGAAGAAUCAAUCAAGAGAAGAUCAUGAAGAUGUCUCCUCCAGACCGAAGGAAAAACAUCCGCGACCUGGCGCUGGAGAUCGGGAUCCGAGUGCUGCUGUUCGGAGUUUUUGUGUUUACAGAGUUCCUCGAGCCAUUUGAGAGAGUUAUUCAACCCGAGGAGCUGUGGCUCUACAAGAACCCACUGGUGGAAUCGGACCUCAUUCCCAAAAGGGUCAUGUUUGCUAUUUCAUUCCUGACCCCUCUGGCAGUGAUCUUUGUGGUAAAGAUAAUACGACGGACAGAUAAGACUGAAAUUAAAGAGGCAUGUCUGGCUGUGUCUCUCACACUGGCACUGAAUGGGGUCUUCACAAACACCAUAAAAUUAAUAGUGGGCAGACCAAGGCCUGAUUACUUCCACCGGUGUUUCCCUGAUGGCCAGGUGAACUCUAAAAUGUUGUGCACAGGCGAACCGGACCUGGUGUCUGAGGGCCGCAAGAGUUUUCCCAGCAGUCACUCUUCCUUUGCUUUCUCUGGCCUGGGCUUCACCUCCUUCUACCUGGCAGGUAAACUGAAGUGUUUUACUGAUAGUGGGCGUGGACGCAGCUGGCGCCUCUGUGCCAUGAUUCUGCCCCUGUACAGUGCCAUGAUGAUUGCCCUGUCUCGCACCUGUGACUACAAACACCACUGGCAAGAUGCUUUUGUGGGUGGCGUGAUUGGCCUAUUCUUUGCUUACCUCUGCUACCGGCAGCACUACCCGUCAUUUCUGCAUACAGACUGCCAUCUGCCCUAUGCCAGCCUGUCACAGUGUACCUCCAAGCAUGUGGUACUCUCCCAAGAGGCACCUAAGACUGUGGACAACGCCACCAGUCUGCCUCUGGAGGGCAUCACAGAGGGGCCCGUAUGA